AUGUUUUGCCCAAGCGAGUACCAGUGCAAACAGCCCUGCCUUCCUCCUCCUGUCUUCUCGCUCAGGAAUUUCUCCCAGCAGCAAUGUGUGGAUUCCCGCGGCUCUGCCUGUAACGUCCAGCGCUUAAAUCCAUGCGUGGAUCCGUGUUGCUACGGCGGAGUCACUCAGUCCACCAUCAAGUAUGUGGACCUGGGGAGUAACAUCAGCCUGGGACAGGCUGCCAGGUGCCUGGACCCGUGCAGCUGUGUGGGUCCCCAGUGCACGACCACGUACGUGGAUCCAUGCUGUGACAAAGUGACCAAGUGCACGACCAGCUGUGUGGAUCCAUGUUGCAGAGAAGUGACCAAGUGCACCACCCAGUGCGUGGAUCCAUGUUGUAGAGAAGUGACCAAAUGCACCACCGCGUGUGUGGAUCCGUGCUGUGACAAAGUGACCAAAUGCACCACCACGUGCGUGGAUCCGUGCUGUGGAGAAGUCACCAGGUGUGUAACCAAGUGUGUGGAUCCGUUCACCAAAUGCACCACCAAGUGCGUGGAUCCCUGCUGUGGAGCUGUGACCAAGUGCACCACCCAGUGUGUGGAUCCGUGCUGUGAUGAGAUCGCCAAGUGCACCAUCACGUGUGUGGAUCCGUGCUGUGACCAAGUCACCAAGUGCACCACGACCUGUGUGGAUCCCUGCUGUGGAGCUGUGACCAAGUGUACCACCACGUGCGUGGAUCCGUGCUGUGAUGAGAUCGCCAAGUGCACCAUCACGUGUGAGGAUCCGUGCUGUGAUGAGAUCGCCAAGUGCACCAUCACGUGUGAGGAUCCGUGCUGUGAUGAGAUCGCCAAGUGCACCAUCACGUGUGAGGAUCCGUGCUGUGAUGAGAUCGCCAAGUGCACCAUCACGUGUGAGGAUCCGUGCUGUGAUGAGAUCGCCAAGUGCACCACCACGUGCGCGGAUCCCUGCUGUGGAGCUGUGACCAAGUGUACCACCACGUGCGUGGAUCCGUGCUGUGGCACAGCCACCAAGUGUGUCACCACAUGCGUGGACCCGUGCUGUGAUGAAAUCGCCAAGUGCACCACCACGUGCGUGGAUCCCUGCUGUGGAGCUGUGACCAAGUGCACCACCACGUGCGUGGAUCCAUGCUGUGGAGCUGUGACCAAGUGCAACACCCAGUGUGUAGAUCCAUGUUGUAGAGAAGUGACCAAAUGCACCACCACGUGCGUGGACCCGUGCUGUGACCAAGUCACCAAGUGCACCACGACAUGUGUGGAUCCCUGCUGUGGAGCUGCGACCAAGUGCACCACCACGUGCGUGGAUCCGUGCUGUGGCCCAGCCACCAAGGGCGCCACCAAGUGCGCGGAUCCGUGCUGCGGGGAGGUGACCCAGUGCCCCUCCACCACGUGCGUGGACCCCUGCGGCACGGUCAGUGUGGCGUCCCCGUGUGCGGAUCCCUGCGUGUCCCCGUGCCCGCCCGCCCGGCCCCGGUUCUACGCCAUCAGCUGUGCCGAUAUCUGCUGUCGCAAGCGCGUGCUCCCUUGA